AUGUUCCCAUGGAGUUUUGAGAAGAACGUGUUAGUCUUGAGCGGCAUUGACGUGAAUGAGAAUCUGAUGCACGUCGACCUUGGUUGGUCUGAUUUCUAUGUUGAUGUACAUGAUUUGCCUCUGACUAAGAUUAAUCUUGGGAUUGCAGCUUUUAUUCGCAACAAAAUCGGGAAAUUUAGAGACUUGGAGAUGGAACUAUUAUGGAUUUUUACGAUUACUGUUGAUAAUGCAUCUUCUAAUGAUGGAGCUAUGGUUUAUUUGAAAAAGAAACUUGAAAACUGGGGUCAAAAUAUUUUAGGUGGAAAAUAUGUGCACAUGAGGUGUAUAGCACAUAUAAUCAACCUUGUGGUUCAGGAUGGUUUGAAAGGGAAGGAUGAGCAUGAGGCAAUAUCUCGUAUUAGAGGGGCAGUUAGAUGGAACUCCACCUACUUGAUGUUAGAAGCUGCGAUAUGUCUUAAAAGGGCAUUUGAUGCUUAUGAAGAUAUAGAUGUUGCUUAUAGAACUGAUCUUUCAAAGAAACCAUUUGAUGGGGUUCCUAUUGAAUCUGACUGGGAUAGGGCAAAGAUGUUAUUGAAAUUGUUGAAUAGUGAUGAUGUUGAAUUAAGUGAUAUAACAAGAAAAAUGAAAGAAAAAUUUUACAUGUAUUGGGGAUCAAUUGAAAAGAUGAAUACGGUUUUGUAUUAUGGUGUGAUACUUGAUCCACGUCACAAAUUGGGGUUUAUAGAAUUUUCCUUUGAUAAAUUAUAUGGUGGUAUUGGACAAAGUGAUGUACUGAAAGAGAGAGUACGAGAUGGUCUUCAUGAGUUGUUCAAUGAUUACAAGUUAAGAUAUGGACACGCUCUUCAAGGAACUUUAGAAAGCCCGGGUUCAUCGUCUAGUCGUUUUUCUUCAUCUUCUUCCUCAUCAAAGAAAAUGUUUAUGCAUGAUGAAGACAAUGAGACUCGCAGGUUUUCUUUACAACAAGAGUACAUGAUGUACAUGACAGGGGGAAAAGAUCAUGUGAAAUCAGAGUUAGAGAAGUAUCUCAGUGAGGAUGUCGAAGAGUAUAGGGAAAAGUUUGAUAUAUUAAAAGUAUCUCAGUGA